UUCUCCUUAGCUCUAUUGUUUGUAAUUGUACCGAAAAUAUAGCGGGAACCAACCUGGAGAGGAGUUUUUUCUCGUCUUCCUCAGGAUCACGUCUCAUUCUCUCUCUAAUACAAUUCAAUAUCCAUUUUCAUUCUGAGGCUCUGAGAUCUUUCUUUUACGGCAUUUCAUUUCUUCUCUAUUAAGAAAAUCGGUUUCCUUUCUUUCGUUUUCGAAUUUGAUCUAUGUUUCUUUGCCGACGAAGAAAUAUAGAUAUCAACAAUGGAUAAUGAAGAUGUAGAAGGCUGUUUGGAAGACGAAUUCCAAGCCUCGCGCGGUGGUAACAAGUACCAUCCGGUCGUCGCUAAUGAUAGCGCGGUGCUUGAGAUGUCUUCCAUCGAUCCUGGAUCUUCAUCCUCCCAUGUUUCUAACCAAUCUAAACACUUGAAGGUAAACUUAGCUGCCUCAGAAAACAUGCAUUCUAAUGCAAGUCAAGGGGGCAUUCCUGCUAAUGGAGGAGUCAAGAGCUCAGAGAGGGAACACAAAUUGGAAUUAUUUGGUUUUGAUUCUCUUGUCAAUAUUCUUGGUCUUAAGAGGGAGGGUCAGACCAUGCAGCCUUGUAAGGAGGCUAUUUCUGUGUUUGAACCUGUGUUCUCUAUGUUACAAUGGAGCAACCUUAUUGUUGCAUCAAGUAUGACAGCAGAGCAAGUGACGCCGGCGUCUAGUCCCAAGGAUGGCGUAGAUGCUUCAGUUGCUUAUGAGCGUCCAAGGGUUGCAAAUACAUAUAACAAGCAAUAUGAUGAUCUAUGA